UGCGAGGAAACGAAAGUGAGGGAGAAGGUUGCAGUGGCCAGGCUCAGCCGCCACAGUGGAGGCCUGACCCCCUCGUCUCCGCUCGUCCGCAGCUCGCCCCAUCCCCUUAGCUAACAAUGAAGAGGAGAACUGACCCAGAAUGUACUGCCCCCCUCAAGAAACAGAAGCGAAUUGGGGAGCUUGCCCGGCAUUUGAGUUCCACGUCUGAUGAUGAACCUCUCUCUUCUGUCAGUCAUGCAGCAAAAGUGUCGGCUACGAGCCUUAGUGGAUCUGACAGUGAGACUGAGGAGAAGCAGCCCGGCUCUGAUGAUUUCAAAGAUGCCUUCAAAGCAGAUUCCCUUGUGGAGGGAACAUCUUCUCGCUAUUCGAUGUAUAAUAGUGUGUCCCAGAAGCUUAUGGCCAAGAUGGGCUUCAGAGAAGGUGAAGGACUGGGUAAAUACAGCCAGGGUCGGAAGGACAUCGUGGAGGCCUCCAAUCAGAAAGGUCGGCGUGGUUUGGGUCUGACGCUGCAGGGCUUUGAUCAGGAGCUGAAUGUGGAUUGGCGAGAUGAGCCAGAGCCCAGUGCCUGUGAGCAGGUGUCAUGGUUUCCAGAAUGUACCACUGAAAUUCCUGACUCUCAGGAAAUGAGUGACUGGAUGGUUAUAGGAGAGAGGAAGAUGGUUAUUGAAGAUGAAACAGAGUUCUGUGGGGAAGAGCUGCUUCAUAGUGUGCUCAAGUGUAAGAGUGUGUUUGACAUCCUGGAUGGGGAGGAGAUGCGACGAGCACGCACCAGAGCUAAUCCCUAUGAGAUGAUCCGAGGCGUCUUCUUCCUUAACAGGGCAGCAAUGAAGAUGGCCAACAUGGAUUUUGUGUUUGAUCGAAUGUUCACGAAUCCCCUGGACUCUGAUGGGAAGCCACUACUGAAGGACUCGGGGAGUGACCUUCUGUACUUUGCUGAUGUCUGCGCAGGCCCAGGUGGCUUCUCAGAGUACGUGCUGUGGAGGAAGAAGUGGCAUGCAAAAGGCUUCGGGAUGACGCUGAAGGGCCCUAAUGACUUCAAGCUGGAGGACUUCUACGCAGCCUCCAGUGAGCUCUUCGAGCCCUAUUAUGGUGAGGGUGGAGUUGAUGGAGAUGGAGAUAUCACCCGCCCUGAGAACAUCAAUGCAUUUCGGAAUUUUGUCCUGGACAACACAGAUCGCAAGGGUGUCCACUUUCUGAUGGCAGAUGGGGGCUUCUCUGUGGAGGGGCAGGAGAACCUGCAGGAGAUCCUCAGCAAGCAGCUCCUGCUAUGCCAGUUCCUCAUGGCCCUGUCUAUUGUCCGCACAGGGGGCCACUUCAUCUGCAAAACCUUUGACCUCUUCACACCCUUCAGUGUGGGGCUCAUCUACCUGUUAUACUGCUGCUUUGAACGUGUGUGUCUCUUCAAGCCCAUCACCAGCAGGCCUGCCAACUCAGAGCGGUAUGUGGUGUGCAAAGGUCUGAAGGUGGGCAUAGACGAUGUGCGGGAGUACCUCUUCUCUGUGAAUAUUAAACUCAACCAGCUUCGGAACACCGAGUCUGAUGUCAACCUGGUAGUUCCCUUGAUGGUGAUCAAAGGAGACCAUGAAUUUAAUGACUACAUGAUACGGUCUAAUGAGAGCUACUGCAGCCUGCAGAUCAAAGCUCUGGCCAAAAUCCAUGCCUUUGUACAAGACUCGACCUUGAGUGAGCCUAGGCAGGCAGAGAUCCGGAAAGAAUGCCUCCAACUGUGGGAGAUCCCAGACCAGGCUCGAGUUGCUCCUUCUUCUUCAGACCCCAAAUUCAAGUUUUUUGAGCUAAUCAAGGACACUGACAUCAGUAUCUUCAGCUACAAACCCACGAUGCUCACUGUGAAAACUCUGGAGAAGAUCCAUCCUGUGUUUGAAUAUCGUUGCAUGGUAUCUGGUAGUGAGCAGAAAUUCCUCCUGGGCCUAGGGAGGUCCCAGAUCUACACAUGGGAUGGCCGCCAAUCAGACCGCUGGGUGAAGCUGGACCUGAAGACAGAGCUGCCCCGGGACACACUGCUCUGUGUGGAAAUUGUGCAUGAGCUUAAAGGGGAGGGGAAGGCCCAGCGGAAGAUCAGUGCCAUCCACAUCCUUGAUGUCCUGGUGCUGAAUGGCAGCGAUGUUCGAGAGCAACACUUCAUGCAACGAAUUCUGCUUGCUGAGAAAUUGGUGAAAGCAGUUUCCAAGCCCAGUCGACCAGAUAUGAAUCCUAUCAGGGUGAAGGAAGUGUACAGGUUGGAAGAGAUGGAGAAGAUUUUUGUCAGGUUGGAAAUGAAGCUCAUUAAGGGCUCUGGUGGCACUCCAAAGCUCAGCUACACAGGACGGGACGACCGGCACUUUGUGCCCACAGGCCUCUACAUCGUCAGGACUGUGACUGGGCCAUGGACCAUAGGAUGGAGCAAGAGUGCUAAGAAGAAGUUCUUCUACAACAAGAAAAGUAAAUCCUCCACCUUUGCCCUUCCUACAGAUUCCAUUGCCCCAUUCCAUACCUGUUACUAUGGCCGGCUCUUCUGGGAGUGGGGAGAUGGCUUCCAUAUGCGUGACUCCCAGAAGACCCAGGAUCCAGACAAGCUGUCUAAGGAGGACGUCCUUUCUUUCAUCCAGAGUCACAAUCCUGGAGGCCCUUAGGAUUUCC